AUGAAGCCCGCCGAUCGCGAUGCCACUGUGGACUGCUGUGGCAUUGACAGUUGACCGAGACCCCUUGCGGGCCAGGCGAUCUAUUCUGCUGGAGGGUGAUGUGAAUAGGUACUGCCCAGGGGAUGAGCCUCGGAGAUGUCACGGCUGUUUCUUUUUGCACAAUGCCAUUAUUCUUCUGGGUCCAAAGACUCCAAGCAGGUCACCCUUCCAUGCCAGGCAACCUACUCCGUAGUCUCACUGACUAUUGAAAGAAACCAUAAGGCAGCAGAGUUUGGUAGGAACUAUGUUCCGGCGCCGGCGAUUGUUCUAAACCACCGGCGUCUGACUUGGAAGGGGACAAUCCGACGCAUUCUCUGCAACUGGCUUAGGGCAUGGCAGCCACCAACAGCAGAUUGGCGGGGGAACCGGCGGUGGCGCUCUGGCAUCGCGAUUAUCCAGACCCACCCACGCAAGGAAGUCUCGAAAUGGAGACUGCAAGUCGAUUAUGGAGGAAGGGAUCAAGACUACCAAGCGGCCAGGUUCAGCCCUGGUCGAUUCUUGCUCGUAGUAGUCGACUCAUGCCUGUCCAUCCGGGAUAACAUCGGCUCUGAAGACUCUCAGAUUCCAGAUCAACUAAUAUUAGGGUGGUGAUUGAGUGCUGAUACGAUUUCACAUGUGAGGCCGUAGAGAAAGAAGACACGAAUUUUUCUUUCUCCAACAAUUCUACUGGUAGGUUAUGGAGCAGUUCGCGAGAAAUC